AUGACAACACUAUCGAUUCCAGUACCGAUGCAAUUAGUAGUUAUUGCCCUAUUAUCUAUUCUAUCUAUAUGUAUUUAUCAAUCAUGUUCACAAUCAACUGUUUCAAAGUCAAUCACUUCACAGUCAACUGUUUCAUUGAUCAAUAGUAGCUGUCAACAAUCUCUUGUAGAAAGUGAUGGAUUUAUUUGCGAACCGGAUUAUCUCUGGAAUGAACGUAAAUACGUCUAUCAUGCUCAGGAUAAAGAAAAUAUGAUGAAACGUAAAGACCCGAUCUAUUUUGUGUCAAAUUGGGAACCGAAUUUUCAUUGUUCACAUGCCCAACGUAUUGGUGCUAUGGGUGAUGGUGGUAAAUGGGUCUGUGAUCCUUAUCGAUUGAAAUUACGUCCUGAUUGUCUAGUUUAUAGUGUUGGAUCGAGGGGUGACUUUUCAUUCGAAAUUCAAAUGAAAAAAAUCAUACCACACUGUGAAAUUCAUACAUUCGAUAGACGUCUAUAUUCAUGUCCGACUAGCAUGUGUAAUUUUCAUCAGAUGAUAUUCGGCAAUGGAAUUGAACCAAAUGGUUCAAGAAGUUGGUUGACUAUUGUUCAAGAAUUGAAUCAUACAAAUCGAUUGAUUGAUAUACUUAAAAUUGAUAUUGAAGGCGGUGAAUAUUCAUUUUUUCCUCUUGUAUUCAAUUCGACUAAGAAUUUAUUUCCACGACAAAUUCUUGUUGAACUUCAUCCAAGAAAUGCUGAAAAUGUUUAUCUUGCAAAAUUACAUGAAAAACGUUCAAGUCGAUAG